AUCUGUCAAUCCCCUGAGUAACAUAAUUUAUUAUGUGUUAUCUUGAAAGAAAAUAUCUGUAUGAUCAAUGUUGUACCUCUUUCUGAAAACAAACGUGUUUUGAUAACUAAUAAAAUACUAUAUAGUAGGAUUAUGUCAGACACUUCGUUAACUCCUAUGGAAACAUGUUCUAUCCCUAUCUAUCUUGUUGCAUCUCACUACUUGAUUUAUGAUCAUAAAACUGUAAUUCAAUUGAGACUUCAGUAUCGUAUAUGUGGAUCUUUUAUUGGAACAUUGCCACAAGCACCUCAACAAAAUAUUUUCCUUGGUCUCCCUUUAGAAUUAAUGCAGGAAGAAGUUGCAUGGCUUGUUGAUCAAGGUCAUGCUUAUAUUGUAAAUGAUAAACUUCGUCACCAACUUUAUAUUGAAAACAGUACUCCUGAAGACGUGCUUUCUUUUAAAGAAAAAAGAAUGGCAGAAGCUAUGCGUCAAAAUAUAGAAUAUGAACAACAAAAUGCACAAAAAAGAAAUCUUGUAAAUUUUUUAAAAAAUAUAACACCUUUGAAGUCAAGUUUCGAUCUUCAAGAAAAUAAUGCUAUUGAUUAUGAUUUACCAAGAAAUAUUAUCAUUCCAACUAAAUCUGCAAAAUCACUAUAUACAAUGCCUAUUGAAUUAUCUCCUAAAGUACAUGUAGAUCCAUCUAAAUAUUCCGUUUGGAAAUAUUUUCAUGAUAAAGGUUACUAUAUAACACCUGGUCUUAAAUUUGGCUCCCAUUAUCUUGCUUAUCCUGGUGAUCCUUUAAGAUAUCAUUCUCACUUUUUAGUGAAUGUAAUGGAAUGGGAAGAAGAAUUUCCUAUAGUGAAUAUAGUAGGUGGUGGAAGACUUGGAACAAAUGUUAAAAAAGCGUGGGCUAUUGGAGCAAACAAUCCUGAUACUAAUACUAUUCAUGUAUUUACUAUCGAAUGGACCGGGUUUGGAUAACAAUGGAAAAAGAUACUAUAUAAUACUUUUUACUGUUUUUAUUAUAUAAAUUAUG